CUACAGUCAAACCCCGCCAUUGCUCAAAGGGCAUCUAGUCGUGCCGCCCAAUCUCCGGCACGCAAUCCGUCCUGUUCGUCCUCCAUCAGCCUGUCGUGCGGUGACACGUAGCGUUGACUAUCCUUCCUGUUCGUCAUACACCGUUAGCAGCAUUGGCCCGCCAUGGUGUGGUUUCAGUGCGAGGACUGCGGCGAGACGCUCAAGAAGCCGAAGCUCAAUGCGCACUUCGGCCGAUGCUCCGCUUACAAGCUGGCGUGCAUCGACUGCGGCGUGACGUUCGACCAGCGCUCAGUACAGUCACACACGACAUGCAUGACCGAAAUGGAGAAGUUUGGCCCCAAGGGUCCAAAUGCAGCAAACACUAAUGCGGGGGGAAGACCGCCGGCAGGGGGGAAGGGGAAGGGCGGAGGGGCAGCAGCGGAGGGCGAUGAUGGGUUCGACUACCACAUGGGGCUCUCCUCCCGGCCGCCCUGGUCCUGCAGCCUAUGCAAGGUGAAUGCCACGAGCAAGGAAACUCUUGAGAGCCACUCGGAAGGGAAAAAGCACCGCAGCAAAGUGAGAGGAGCUACGAGGGCUGCACAGGAAGCUUCCAAGGGAGGAGAGGAUGCUUCCAGGGCUUCUGAAGAGGCUAGCAAGGGUGCAGCGGUAGGCAGUGCGGUGCCGAGCGGUGCUGAUGGUGAUCACAAUGGGAAAGCGAAUGGGGCUCCAGCUGCAGCAGCCAAUGGGACAGCGACAGGUGGACAUGAGAACGGAGCAAAGGAGGAGGAAAUGAGUGGUGAGGCGGAGGAGGGGGUGGGAGGAGCAGAGGUGCAGGGAGAGGGGGAGGGGAAGAAGAGGAAGAAGAAGGGAGAGAGGGGAUCCAAGAGGAAGAAGACGAGAGAAGGAGCAGAUGAAGAGGGGACUUCUGGGAAGGAGGAGGAGGAGGAAGCAGUAGAGGCGAAGAGCAAGGCGAAGAAGAAGCAAGGAACAGCCGAGGCGGAUGCAGGGGCUUCUGAAGGGGCGGCCGUGAUUCCGUGGAAGAAGCUCAUCCGGCAGCAGCUGAAAGCGGCCCCCAGUCAACAGCUAACCCUCAAGGCUUUAAGGAAGCAGGUGGUGGCAGCAGCCAAGCAAGUACUGGCGGAGCAAAGCACAGAGCAGGGUGGAGCAGGCAACGGAGCAGGGAGGGGCGGCAAGAAUGAGCUGCUGGGCGCCUUUCAACGCACUCUGGAGAAGAGCAAGGCAUUUAUCGUUGAAGAGGAUAAAGUGAAGUUGAACUGAUGGUUGGAUUAACAGGAUAUUUCGGGCUACACCAUCACAAGCUACAAGGAUCCAUCGAAAGCAUGAUUGAUCACUGAUUAUUGCCGGAAUAAUCUGUGUGUCUUGUCGGCUAAAUACAUUGACAAGUGUCAAAGCGUUGACGGCCUCAGAUAGGAUUUUGGGCAUCCUGACGGCUCAGGGCAUGCCCCCAAAGAAGCGUGCAGCAGUCAGGGCUGGACGCCAUGGCUCACACUGAUUAGUCAGGGUUGUUUUCUAGGUUCAAACUGUCGCCUCAGGGUAAAUUUAUAAAUUGCCUGAAAUGUG